UAGUCGGUUAAAAAUACAAAUAAACAAUUUAAUAGGUACUUCUAACACCAACUCCUAAUGAUAAUUUUAAUUAGUUACAUAAAUUAUAUAUGUAUAUUUCGUAUGAUGUAAUUUUAUUUGUUUAUAUCGCUAUACGUUUUUUGAUAACCAAUAGUUCUCAUUGCGGGGAUGCUGAGAUAUGAUUCGACCUCAUCUUGAACUUUGAUAAAUCUGUUUGUGGCAAAUAACAGUUUAUAUACUAUACGAUAAUAUUAAAGAUUCAAUAUAUUUUACUUGCGUCAGUCAGGCUAAUGACAUCAGAAGAAAAUAACAAAAUAACGGAGGAAGCGAAGCAGAAAAAAGAAAUUGAAAAGUCAAAAAAUCUAAGUCCCAGAAUGCCAAACAUAAAAGUAUUUACUGGAAGUUCACAUCCAGAUUUAGCGAAAAAAAUCGUCGCACGACUCGGAUUAAACUUGAGCAGAGCUACUACGAAAAAGUUCAGUAAUAAAGAAACGAACGUCGAAAUAGGGGAAUCCGUCAGAGGAGAAGAUGUUUACAUUGUGCAAAGUGGUUGUGGUGAAAUUAACGAUAACCUUAUGGAGCUUUUGAUCAUGAUAAAUGCUUGUAAAAUCGCAUCUGCAUCCCGAGUUACAGCGGUCAUCCCAUGUUUCCCUUACUCAAGACAAGACAAGAGAGAAAAAAGUCGAGCACCAAUAACGGCCAAGCUCCUUGCUAAUCUCAUUUCGGUCGCUGGAGCAGAUCGUGUAAUUACAAUAGACCUACACGCUUUUCAAAUUCAAGGUUUCUUUAAUAUUCCCGUAGACAACCUGUACGCCGAACCAGCAAUCACUAAAUGGAUCAAGGACAAUAUACCGGAAUGGAAAAGUAGUGUUAUGGUAUCGCCUGACGCUGGUGGUGUAAAACGGAUGACUGCCAUUGCGGACAGGCUCGAUAUUGACUUCGCUAUUAUACACAAAGAAAGGCAACGAUCCAAUGGAGAGGAUUCAACAGUUUUAGUCGGAGAUGUAAGAAACAGAACAGCUAUCAUGGUUGAUGACCUCGCUGACACUUGUGACACGAUUGUCAAAGGUGCAGAAAAGUUACGCGAAUCUGGUGCUAGUAAAAUUUACGCUAUACUAACCCACGGUGUUCUCGCUGGUAACGCAAUCGAUAAAAUCAACAAUUCGUGCUUGGAAGCUUUGGUUGUAACGAAUACAAUUCCCCAAGAGAAAAAUCUAAAAUUGUGCCCGAAAUUGCAGACGAUGGAUAUUUCAGUUAUGCUGGCGGAGGCUAUAAGAAGAACCCAUUAUGCAGAAUCGGUGUCUUAUCUUUUUACAAACGUACCUUAUUAAUUUUAAACGAAAAGUCCUCAUUGUAUACAACUGGAUUAUUGUUGUUGUAAAAUAAAAAUAAAGCUAAGAGUAAUUAUGUAGCUGCCGUUUAUUGAUCUUUUAAAAUAAAAUGCUAAAAUAUGAA